GCAGUUUUCACUUGUCAGUUUGUUUCAUGUUUGUACAUUUUAGGUUUUAGUUUGUACUUUGUAGUGUGUACAAUAAUUCUUCGUAUUUUUUGUAGCGUCCCCCUAUCUUUCAGAGACUUACUGAUCUUGGAUUUCUGUCUGCCAUCAUUCACAGUGAUCACGACUUCACUUUCGGUUAACAGUGUUGCUUACUCGGGAUACCAGUCAUACUGUACCAUUUUGGACGUUUUGCUGUAGCGUUUAACGAAACCAUCGUCCCAUUCCCAGCUUGACGAAUUCCAUGGUAUCCCUUUCCACUUUUUCGUUUUGCGUAUUCCAGAGGAAGGAUGAUUUCGCCCGUGUUAUGAUGUGCUGAAUUUCCUUCUACGGCAAGCAUGAAGGCGAUUCCGGUGUCGCCUUGGGGCUGUGGAAUUUCGCUGCUUUUAUUAUUGAGCAUCAUUGGAUUCUGUUGGACAUUUCGCGUUUCCUACGAGCUCGAUGACAGAUUUACGGAGUACCGUAAGGAUGCGAAAUGGCUCGUCAUGUUUUACGCUCCUUGGUGUCAUCACUGCCAGAAAGCGGAGCCCGUGUGGGAGCAGGUAGCGCAGACGUUCAACCAGCAACAAGCCGGCCUGGGACUGCGUGUCGGGAAGAUCGAUGCGACGAAACAGACGAAGAGCGCCGGCGAAUUCAAAAUCAAAGGCUUUCCCACCAUUAAAUAUAUCAGUGGGGAUCGGACUGUCACAUAUGAUGGUGAGCGGACGCGGGAGGAUAUCGAGGAUUUUGCGAUGAAAGUGAUCGGUCCGGCUGUGCGCAAGAUCAGCUCGCUGGGCGAUCUGCAUGCCGUGGAGAAGAAAGGCGAGGUGUUUUUUAUCCUGAUUGUGGAGAAAGGCGCGACCGAUGGAGCGGAGACUGGUCUGGCCGCGGAUUAUGCUCAAACGGCGGACCAACUGAUGGCUUCGACGUAUUUCUACCAGACGGACUCGCUGAUAGCAUCCGGGAAUAUUCCGGUGAAGAAUGUGCCGGCUGUGGCUGUCUACAAGAAUGGCCAUUAUGCCCUGUUCAAGGAAGGCGAGGAUUUGAAGAAGUGGGUGAUGGUGGAACGCCUGCCGACGUUCAGUCGAAUAUCCGGCGGAAAUUUUUACCAGUUCAUGGAGCUGCACAAGCCGUUGGUGAUGGCCGUGGUGGAAGUGCCCAUUUCCAGCAAGAAGCAGAUGCCACCCGUACAGCAGCAGGUGCUCGACAGUGUCCGCACAGUGGCGCUCCAUGAUGGCCAAAAAUACCACCAACAUUUCAGUUUUGGUUUCCUGGAUGGUAACGAGAUCGUCAACCAAGUGGUUUCCCAAUGGAUUACAGUGCCUGCCCUCGUCGUCUAUGAUUCUCAGUCAGAGGUUUACCACGUCUACUCGGAACCUAUUGAAGAGAUCACCGAAGAGGCCAUACAGAGUUUCCUUGAUUCCAUCCAGACGGGAGAACUGAAGGGCUUCGGUGGAAAAGGAUGGUUUCGGAAGGCCUACAAAUUUUGCUAUUCCGUCUGCGCGUACUUUUAUAAAAUGUUUUCCACUCAGCCGAUUCUGGCGUCCAUAUUAUUCGGAUUGCCGCUGGGAAUUUUGAGUAUAAUUGUGGUUAUGACCUACACUAAUGACUGCACCGAUGUCAAUAAAGACGAGGACGAUAGUGAUCAUGAAAAAGAGGAGUGAUUCGCACAUUUGAUUCUCAGUGAUUCUGUGCAAUUGGCGUGGCAGCUAAUCAGACGGUGGUUGUCUUUUGACAUGUGGUAUUUCUUGUUCUUCCCACUAAUUGCGUUGUUCCUGUUUGCCCUUGGCUGGUUUUUAUGUGAUUUUAAUGCUUCUAGUCCGUGGUUGUUAUUUAUUUAUUCCGUGGUUUCAGUUUGGUUUUCUGUUGUGAUGGUAUUACUUUUACCUGCAAAUUCGUGCCUGUUAUUGUUAUGGCAUUAUUGUGUUGAUGCCAGGAAUGCAGUCAGGCAAAUCGGAAAUGUAAAUGACGGGCUGCUCUG